AGGUUGGCUCUAGAUGAGACUGGUUGUACCUGUACUAUUUUAAUUUUUUUCACGCUGCAUUAAUAUCGUCAUUGCUUAUCGCACUGGACCGAUUCCUAUGAUUCCUCGGUCACCAGUUAGUUAGCAAAGACGAAAUAUCCGAGAAUAGACUUUCGAGAUAAAUAAUUACCUGUUGGACUACUUCUUGAUGCAUAGAUUAGGCAUUGAAUAGUCCCGAGUCGUCAUUAAUAUGAAAUCCGUUUUUUUGUUUAGAUAGUUAAAUCUUAGUCAGAACCCACAGCAAAACCAAAAGCAAAACCGAUAUGGCGCGGAAUUUUCUACAGCCAUUCCUUGAGUUACAUUGUGAUCGUGUUUUUCGGUGACGUGGAAUACUAGUAAUACACCGCUCGUUCUUGCAGUGCUGCACGCCCGACUCGCAUAUAAUACGGCAUCAGUGGGUAUUUUAGUAUUAACUCCGCUCAGUUGGGUCUCUGCUUUUCUUCUAUGGACUGGCAUUAUCUCUAUAUUCCUCGAGUGGACCUCGAUCUUCAACGGGAAGCCUGGUAGAGUAGCUGUCGCUUCACUCAUUUUACUGCUCUUUUGUGACAGGAUAGGCGCGGGCGAAAGCCGCUGUCUUGGCGAGUUGGUCGAGAAAAAAAUUUUUGGUCCCAAAGGGAGAAGACGUUGGAAUUGAAUCGCGCGAUAGUAUCAGAAAACGCUUGUUCUGAGGAUUACCGGGAGAACUGUAAGUAUAUUCUUUUGUACUCGGUGAGCCGGAGCUGACGCUUGCUUUCUAGCAGAAGACGGAAACGUUAUAUUCUCAUCAAGCUUCCUGGUUGCGCAACAGGGCAACAGGUCCCGUCUGAGCUAGACGAUCUGACAUCUUCGCCACUAUGCCGGCUUCUUCCAGUUCUGGCUCGGGUUCCGGAGCCCAUGGCGGAGAAUACCCGAAAAAGAUGGCUGGAGGGAAGCGUCCCACGCUUGACGUUCGUGGAAUACGGAUGCGACAAGGAGAUGCGCCGUUUCCGAGUGACGCCAGGGAUCUGCAGGAGCUCUUUGACGCCUACGAUCGCGAUGGGAGUGGAGCUCUCAGCCUCGAUGAAUUCCAAGACUUGAUCAAUCAAUGUUAUGGAAAAAUAUUUCUCCGCACAUUCUUCGUAAAAAUUUAAUGAAUGACGAGAAUAUGUCGCGAUACCGUCCGUCACUAGUUUCCGACGGAAAUAGGGUUUAGUUACAAGCAAUCUUUAGCUGUGAUUUAUAAUCGAUGAUGCUAUCUUCAUGAUCUAGUACAUGCCCGAGGUUCUUAUGAUGUAGCUCUAAUCCAUGCGUGGCGGGAGGCAAGCCCGUUCAAGGCCGAUCACGAGGCGACAAAUUGCUGGCUUCAUGGACUGGGUUGAUUCGGAUGAGAGCAAAGAGAUUGACAAGAAGGAGUUCUUGUAUUGCCUUCUGAUCGACUUACUUUGUUGUAUCGAAUCGUUUUCAAGCUGUAUCGGCGGUGGGCGUGACUUCCCCAUAUUAUAGGAAGAUCUUCAUCUAAAUCUCUUCGGUUUCCAUUGCCUGACCACGUAGUUUAUCUUAAUGAACAGUAGCAUUUUAUGGGGCCGCAUUCUUACCUGACCUUUCUGCAAUGUCAUCCAACAUCUCUCUUCAAGAAGCAUUACCGUACAGACAAAAAACCGAAACACCACUAUUCACUGUCAGCCAAUUCUUCAACGAGGCGGCGAUGGUUCACCAGAUGACGGAGGAGAUGGCAGCGUCACAGCAGAAGCUCUCAGCGCAACGGUCUACGAUGCUGUGUUACUUCGUUGGAAUGUUCGCCCUAUGGGCGUUCUUCCUCUUCUCGUUUAUGACAAGCCAGGAAGUACUCGUCUUUUAUACACGAUUCUGAUUUCCUUUUUUAGUACUUACUCUCCGCUGCUUCCUCGGUUCUUUUCUAAGUGUACCGUCCAGCUGAUCAUGAAUUGUAUUCGUUUUGGCCCAGCGCUCGGACGAGAUCCCAGCGUUUGAAAUUAUAAUAGAUCAUUCUCUCGUACUAGAGAUCUUUCCAUAGAAACAACUACAAGUGGUAACUCAACUUGAAGGUCUUUAAAGAUGAUACAAUCAUGCAAUAAUGGGAUCCGCAACUACCGUAUCGUAGUAUUGAGUCAUGAUCAGCCCAAACCCAAUGGUUUCCGCGGAUGAGAACUUCAUCUUGGCUGUGGUUCUGAUUAGACCACGUGUCAUGGAGAAUCAUUUUUGGAAUCUCGUUAAACUGAGGAUAUCCAUUGGGCAAUGAGCUACUGUUACAGAAGAUCAAGCGGUUCUCGUUACUGAAAAUCAGAACUACAAUGAACAAGAUGUUCAUUCAGCUCAUCUGUACAAUUUGUUGUCAUCAGGAUGAAAAACUUUCUUGGCUGUGGUUCCGUAGCGACUCAGUCGACACGUGAGGACAGAAGGAAUAUUGACAAUCAAAUUCUGACCUACUGUUUUGUACUCCCACUAUCCACCACAGUCUAGCAGCAGUGGCGUCGGCUUUGCCUCUUUGGGAUUGAUUCUGACGAGCAUAUUUCUGAGCUUCGGCGUGAUUGGGUUACUAGUGGUACCCAUCAUCUCUAUGAAGAGGGAGCAGCUCGAAGGACUGUCACGCGGAGGAGGUAGCGCACUUCGGCGAUUGCAGGGACAGAAGCAGAUGCUGAGUAACGCGAGAGCAGGCCUUGCAGCGCACGCUCGGGGCGUUACCGGCGAGUCGUCAAUGAGGAAAGGUCCUCCGGGUACCCGCGAUCGCGCAGGUCUCGACACAUCUUUUGCGUCAGCCUCCGGAAGGGGCGCGAAUCUCCGGCCACAGAGUCCGUCUGCGCAGAGUGCGGGCGAUGUUCAAUUGAUGAUGCUGGAGAACGGCGGGUCUCCGUCGAGACCAGGAUCAAGGCCAGGCACGAGCGGGCAUCAAUUGGCGAGAGAGAGCGAAGGAUUCGCAGAGCAAAUGGCCGACGCAUUGGCUGCGGAGUACAGAGUAACGCCUGACUUUCGUGGACCCGAGCUGGAAUCGGCAAAGAGCAAGCUGCACUUCUCGUAUUUCCACUUAAGUACUUUUUUCACACUGUCUUUGCACUCCCACGCGGACCACAUGGUGGGGCAAGUAUUGCAGCUGUUCUUGUAUCUUUUUCGUAGUUCACCUACGGCCUUCUCCCUGUGACCCCGCGCUCUGUACUGUCCUCUUGCAGAGACACUUGCAAGUUGGAAAUAAAGACCGCGUAUAACAAAGUCCGGUAAAAAGCUCCUUUGCUGGUGCGCCCAGGCGUGUUUGAUACCACGGAGGUCGUCAAUCCUGCGACAAUUUUGAUGCUACUAACUUAUAUAUAACAAUGAGCAAGAUCACGGCGCCAGCAGCUCGCAAAGGUGCGCUACAACGAGAAAGAUCAUCCUCCUUUAUCGACACCUUUACUGACUCAUCAUCACAGCGUCCACCAGUAUCACUUUUCUGGACGCGAUGCUCUGCGACCCCUCGUCGCACAGCGAUAUCUUUCUCGACGCACUGCUGAAAUCAUCUUCAUCAGCCUUGGUGUUGCUCGACUAGAUAGCGUCCUAGAACAAGCGGCGCUUGGUUGAGCUUCGGCUCCCUCGGGCUGCAUCUUCCAUAUUCCUUGUCGCAGUGGGACUACUUCACGUAGAAGGUCGCUUUGUGGCCAAACCACUGGGUCAAACCAUGGAAUGAACAGAAACCCUCCUUCAUCAGGCGUAUCUUCAUUGCUCAUCUUACGUAUCAUCACCUGAGUUCAUCCUCGGUAGUAGCAUGCCGCAAAUUCGUGCUCACUCUAUCAUGCUACGAAAUUGUACACUCGAGGCCUACCAGGUAGCUUGCACCACCGAAUCAGGUACCGGCUAACGAAGAUCCAGAAGCAGCCAAAGAUAGAUAUCCGGGACGCCAUAGACGAGUAUUAUGUGAACCAUCCAGAGGAGACUGCGCCAACAACGGUGCCGAUUGAGCAUCCUGAGGGAUCUUUUCCUGGUAAUGCCAACUCGCACUAUGCGAUAGAGUACCAAGAACGGGCGAGACCGCAGACCGCGCCAGGGGGUAAGACUUCUGAUCCUUGGUGUUUUCAAGGCGGCUCUUCCAUGUAACCCGUAUGCUCGUUUCUAGCCACUUGUACUGUCACUGUUCCACUUGCUAUAUAGCAAAGGAGUCUGUACAAAGUGCACGUCUUUCACCUCUAGGUCGUCCUCGCAGCCGCCCUAGCACGCCUGGCGGAUCGUCUCGGAACGGACGGCCUCGGCCCAUCGAUCCUUCUGCUGUGCGCGGCGGCUUACUUUCGGGUAGGGGCACUCCAGGAUCCGGUCGUAACACGCCGACGCCGAGAAGCCAGUCCGGUAUCCACUCUUCGCCGGGUGGACGGCCGGCUACGGCUCCUCACCGACCAGUGUUCGAGGGUCACUCUCCGCUGGGAGACAGUCAUGGCGGAGGGAGCCUCUAUGACCUUGAAGGAUCGCGGCGCUUUGGGUCGGGAACACGAAUCGCACCGGUGCCAGAAGAAGGGCUGUGGAACGACAUUCCUGGAUAUGACCUUGCGCACGAAGAGUAUUUGCGCGUGACGCCGGCAGGGAGGCCGAUAUCAGCUCAAAGCAACCGAGAAAUGUACCUUUCACAUCAUCACUUUUCUGCAUAAAACUUUCACAGGAAGUACAACCUACAGGACCUCGAUACUGAUGGACACCGAAAUUUUCAUGAUGACCCUAUGGUAUUCUGACACCUCUAUUCGGAGUAGUGUCACGCUACAAUGCGAAAGAAAAACCUUCUAGUUAUCCCUGUCUGAUCAUUUCGGUGUCCAUGCAGUUGCUCUGCAGAUCUGUGAAGACUUGUUUACCUUCUAACAAUUAUAUUUCUCUUAUUCCACGAUCCAGAUAUACAACCGAUCUCUACGUUGAUGCAAAGCGAAGCCAGGUCGGAACGCCAAAUAGUGACUACUUUAAUCCUAUGGUGGUCGGAGACCGAUGGUAUUGAUCUUUGUUGCUCCUUACUCAUACUGAUCCUUAUUGUUCCUUAUUCGAGUCUUCUUACUCAGGCGUCUUACUCCUUAUUCGAGUUUUUCUCCGCCCCUUCGUGAUGAACACACAAUUCUUGGUGAUGCCACCGUUCGCGGUCACGCUGAUCCUUAAGAAACAGGUUACAACUCUCUGAUCACAGCUGUCUCUCUCUCCCUCGUCAACUCUCUUUUCCCUCUCAUGAUGAUUUUCAUUUAUUAUCAAGCUCAACAGGACUGACCCUGUGUGAGGAUAAUCGAACUUUUCUUCUUUCCCCGGCUGAAGAUUUCUUAGCCGAUCGUUUUGUGAUCGCUUCGCUAUUGUUUGCGUGUGCCUCACUCUCUGCUCUGCGUACUCGCUUACGUCCCUUUCGUCUACACGUGCUGCGCUCUUCAGUUCUUUCCCUGCGCAUUUCCCGAAUUCCCGCCCCGCCCCGCACCUCUAACUCCCGGAAACUUCGCGAUCAACAGGAUGAUUUUCAUCAAUUAUCAAGCUCAACAGGACUGAUUCUGUGUGAGGAUAAUCGAAUUUUUCUUCUUUCCCCGGCUGAUCUUCGUGACUUACCAACCUCCUACACCGGUUGUAUCUUCAAAUGAUGACACUCUUGAGAUACGAAUUUCACCGUUUCUCAAACAUUCGCAGUAAAUGUCCGAUAUUGCGAUGCAAGUCGCACAUGAAGGACAAAUUUUCCUUAGAUGUCUGAUCACACCAACGCGGCUCUUGCCGUCGUAAAAAAUUCGCCAUUUCUUGUUCCUUUCUAAGAACCCAGGAAUCCCAAUCACAGGAAAUCGGAGUGGAAUGUCGCUGCCAAGCAAAAAGUAGGGAAGAUUUGAGCCUGACGCUACUCUCCAUGCGACUGAUAUCCAGCGAGCUUGUUUUUCCCGAGGUGUGCACGCGUUCGCGCGUUGCGUUUAUGGUAUGGACGCGGGUGCCUCGGUGUAUGAAAAUUGCAUCUGGAAGCUCAGUCUUCCGUUUCCCUGUCGAAGACAUGAAACCUUCCGAGCAGUCUCCUGCUCUAUUCAUGGGCCGUCAACAUUCUCAGAGAAAUUUAGUAUAUACUAUUUCUAGUUAGGUCGGCUCCACCACAAUUAUAUACUAUCUACACCUCGCGAGUAGAGGUGCUCUCCCAGCAC